GUCGCAAUCGCUUCAGCGUGUGUAUCGGUUCAGUUUGAUGUGUUUGUAGUGUCUGUGCGCGAUCAAUGUAGUCGGCCAUAAUGGCUGAGGAAUUAUUGGUGGUUUUAAAUAGAAGUGAACAUUUGGGUUUUGGUUUCUCCCUUCUGGGCACGGCAGGAUUACCCCACAUCAUUUACGACAUCGUCGAAAAUUCUCCAGCUGCCGAAUGUGGCGAGGUUGAAGCUGGUGACAUAAUUCUUAAGGUCAAUGAAACGGACGUGCAUCUAUUCAGUACCAAAGAAGUUCUGAAAUGUUUACGGCUGUCGACGGAUCCAGUCACUCUGAAGUUAAAACGAGAUCCGCAAGUAAAAGCUCAUGUUCGAAGGUAUUUAUCUUCGGCAAGUCAGCAGGAUACGGUAGCUCCGGUGAUCAAUAAUCAUUGUGAAAAUCUAAGCCCGCCCUUGGGACAAUGUAUACCAAGAACGCCGCCGCAUGCAGCCAGCGGCGUACGCGCCAAUCUUCAGGGAACGACGAGAGACAGUAGCGGCAGCGACAGCGACAGUAAUCAUCAUUCAUCACGAAGUUCGGACAGCAACAGGACGAACAAUUCACAUUCACAAAGGAACGGACACGCAUCUGGACAGGAAGAGAGGACAACGACUAAGACGCCCAGGUUCGAGGCGUUUAUGAUGACUGGUGACCUAAUGUUGAAUCUAUCUCGAACUCCGCAAGGCCAAAACCUUCUCCCGAAACAGAAUCGCAAAGUAGACAGUUUGCGGUUCGGAUCCAAUCCUCCUACAGAAAUACCUGCACCUUCUUCCAAUUCUCAAAAUUCAACGACCGGAAUAAAACAAGGAACGCCUGAAAUGGCUAAGAAACAGACAAACUCUGCUAAUAGUUCGCCUAGGCCGAGUCAGAAGCAACCUCCUAAAAAACAGUCAUCAGAUGAGAUGAAAACACAGAAUAGCGGCAGUGUUUAUCCAGGUUUUGUUAGGACAUCUAGGUCUGAAGACCAUUUGCAAGUUCAACAAAAAGAUAGUUUAAGCGCCGUUGCCAUCGAACUCGAUGACGAUGUUACAAGUUCCUUAAAUACACUUUUGGACACCAGACAAGAUUCAGAUGAUAGUAAUGCAGCUGAUAGAAUUGUAUGGACAUACAAUGCCCCAGUGUCGAGUCCGGCAGAAUGCAGGACUGGUGGUCGCCGUUCUGAAGACAGUUCGUUGGAAAACAGUCCAUUACGAUCUGGCUCUCCAACUACAUCUGUUUCUUCAUCAGUCAUGUCCAGUAAUUCUGGUUCACGAUUGAUACACGCAGCGGCUGGUGAUGCCACUUCAGCGACCACUGGGUACUCGCAUGGAACUGGUGGUGGUGCUGAUGGUGGAAGACAUGACCAUAGCAUAUCUGAAGCAGUUAGUAAUAUUUCUAGUCCGGAUUACCAAGAAGAAACUGGUAUGGAUAUUUUGGGUACGCGGGACGUGCACAUGGGUCUUAGUGACCCUAGCGAUAGUGAUUCAACUAUUUUGAUAUCUGAAGGUACGAGAGGACCCCAAUUGGAAGCAGACCACAAAAUAGUAAUACAAGUCAAAGGACCCGAUGGAGCACCACAUUCACAAGGCUAUCAAGAAUUAAGAGACUCAUUAGAAGACCUACCCAGUAGUAUACCUUCAACAAAUAAUAGUAAUCAUGUUAUUAGUAAUCCAAGCAGCCAAUGGAGUCGUGGUGAUUCUCCCAGCCGAUGCGGUGAUGGUUCCAAUUAUUCCGGCGAUGGAUCUGAUGAUGGUUCUGAUGUCGAUUCUCUGCACAGUUUCCACUAUAGUCCUAAAGCCGUAGAUGUUCCCAGUGCUAUCAGAUUAGCUAAGAGGCUCUACACGCUGGAUGGGUUCAAAAAGUCGGACGUUUCUAGACAUUUGAGUAAAAACAAUGACUUCAGCAGAGCAGUCGCUGACGAGUACUUAAGGCAUUUUGAUUUUGAAAAUACGGGUCUCGAUGAAGCUUUGAGGACGUUUUUGAAACAAUUUUCAUUGACGGGAGAAACGCAAGAAAGAGAAAGAGUUCUUGUACACUUUUCCAAGAGAUAUUUGGAUUGUAAUAUUGGUAGCUUUAAUUCACAAGAUGCUGUACAUACAUUGACUUGCGCCAUAAUGCUUUUAAAUACGGAUCUUCAUGGCCAAAAUAUCGGCAGGAAAAUGACUUGUAGUGAAUUCAUAGAUAAUUUAAGUGAAUUGAACGACGGAGAUAAUUUUCCACGGGAAGUUCUCAAACAACUGUACAUGGCCAUCAAAAAUCAUCCUCUUGAAUGGGCUCUCGAUGAAGAACUUGAAGAUGCAGCCACAAUGCAACAAAGGAAAAACCAAAUGGUAUCCCAAAAUGACGGAGGCGCUAUUAAUCUCGCUGGGCCUAAUCCAUUUUUGGAACUUCCCGAUACAACAUGUGCUGUAGAAUACAAGAAAGGUUACGUCAUGAGAAAAUGCUGUUUUGAUGCUGAUGCAAAGAAGAUUUGUUGUGGUUUGUUCACAGCGCCGUUGGGAAAACGAGGAUGGAAAAUGUUUUAUUGCACAUUAAGAGAUUUGGUUUUAUAUCUACACAAAGAUGAGCAUGGAUUCAGGAAGAGCCAGAUGUCAGACAAUUUGCAUAACGCCAUACGCAUACAUCACGCGCUGGCAACAAAAGCGCAAGAUUACACAAAGAAGCAACACGUUUUUCGGUUGCACACGGCCGAUCAGGCUGAAUACUUAUUCCAAACCAGUGAUUCCAAAGAACUUCAAUCGUGGAUUGAUACAAUAAAUUUUGUUUGUGCGAGCUUUUCUGCUCAACCCUUAGACGGAGCUGUUGGUUCGCAAAGGCGGUUUCAAAGACCACUGCUGCCAUGUAGUCAUACAAAACUUAACCUGCACCAGCAACUACAGUCACACGAGGAACGUGUUAUCAAAUUAGAGGCUGAGUUAGAAGAACAUAGGAAAUCUCCACCGGAGCGAACGGCCAAAGCUUUACUAGUACAAAAUUAUAAGGAAAAAGAUGCCUAUUUACAGUUUGAAUUAAAACGGUACAAAACCUACAGUGUAUUAUUAAGAUCUAAACUAACUCAAUACCCAAGUCCAGAAUUAGCUGGAACGAUGGGCGUUACGGAGGAAUGUAUUGUUGCCCCGCCGAUUCCUGACAGGCCCUUACCUGGAAUGUUAAAUCACAGGUACAACAGGUCCGCAAUGAACACCUUAAACAAUAUGAAUUACCACACAACGAACGGCGACGGCGAGUACCCCGGCGAGAUGUUGAGCAGAUCGUCCGACUCCGAGCACAACUCCCUGAUGCAGCAGGCUGCUUCGAAUUACAAGUACGAAAGCAUUAAUCAUUGUAAUAGUCCUUCGUCUGGUGGUGGAAAUAGUAAUCAAUUUGUCAUUAAUUCGCAAUUCUCUAAUUACGGUAGUAGCAUUAACCAAUUAGGCGGUGUCGGUAACCAUCAAUACAAUGUAAAUAGCUCGCAUUUCGGCGUAACAAACGCCCAAUUUAGCAGACUGAGCAGCGCCCAUAAUUCAAAUUCCCAUAAUCGGUACAGCUACAGGGCCGCGAUAUAUGAUAAUGAUCUGGGGUGACGAGUUUUAGGCGUUUUUUCAGCAUGUGUUGUUUAAGAAUGUUUGUACUUGACUCUCCGAUUAAAAGAUAUAAGGUGUACUUGAGUGAUGACAAUAUAUUGUAUAUGUUCUUGUUUUUUGUUAAGUUGAAUGUUCUUUAGUGAUUGUUAUAUUAUUUUGA